UUCACCCACUCACUAAAUAUCCCUCAUGACUUCCCUGUGGAGACAAUUUACCGUUUUUCCCGGGAAAUGAUGCGAUCAGUUUUACAAGAUGUUAUUUAUCUCCAUUUUAUUCCCUCUUUUCUGUCAUAAGUAGGCACUGGUUUCGGUGCCUGGAUCCCUUCGGUCCUCAGAGGUUUCGGGUGUCAAAAUCUUUUAGGUAAAGCCGGAAUGCUUACCACUAUCAUAUAAUCAGAAAGCCACGAGUUGGAGGAACAAAGACGACACCUACAUAUAAACGUUGUUGUUUCUCUCGACACUCAGUCUUCAAACAAGAAAGCCUGGGAGUUAACAGUGGAUCAGGAAAGGUUUCAAACAGGUAGACAUUUUUCAAGAGGACUUACCGUCGUGGGCUUUAAAAGAGAUCAGCAGUAGAAGGUUGAGUCAGCUUCACAGUUGGCAAAGCCUCACUCGGAUUCUUCUAAGGCUUUGCUGAUGGCAUCCAAUAUCACCACCACCAUAUCCCAGCAGUCCUCCUCUUCCUCUGAUCCUCUGUCCAUCAGCGCCCAGGUCGGCAUCGCCAUCUUGACCCUGGCCUUUGUGCUGGGCUUCCCCGGGAACCUGUUUGUGGUUUGGUCGGUGUUGUGCCGGGUGAAGAAGCGCUCGGUGACCUGUUUGCUGGUGCUGAAUCUGAGUAUGGCGGACGCUUUCGUGCUGCUCAGUGCCCCUUUAUUCCUGCGCUACCUGGCUAGAGGCCAAGACUGGGAGUUUGGCUCGGCAGCAUGCAAGCUGGUGCAUUACCUAUCGAGUGUGAACAUGUACGUGUCCAUCUACCUCAUCUGCCUGAUGAGCGUCGACCGCUGGCUGGCCGUGUCCAGGCCUUUUCUGUUCAAGACAAUGAGAACCAAGCGCUCCCUACUGAUUCUCCUGCUCGGUGUCUGGGUGUGGGCGUUGCUCCUGUCACUCCCGAUGCCUUUCUACCGCAGGCUGGAUCCGAAGAGUACUUCCCCAAACAAUAUCACUUUGAGAAGCUGCGUACCAUACCAUUGGGAAAGCAAGGGUCACCGGGUCUUCCAGUACCUGUUUGAAACCAUCAUGGCAUUCCUGCUGCCUUACUCCCUCAUCAACACCUGUAACUCCACCGUCCUCUGCCGCCUGCAGAGCACCAACUUACAGCACAGAAGACGAAGCAGCCGCCUCAUCCUGAUGAUCAUCUGUACCUUUGCAAUAUUCUGGCUGCCGUAUCACAUCGUCAACAUCAUAGAGGUGGUAGGCCUUUUGCAGGACAGUAAAUCCACUGUUGAAGCUGCCUAUCUAGCCCGUCCAAGUGUCACGGCCUUCGCUUAUUUCAGCAGUGCGGCCAACCCCAUUUUCUACGUGUUGGCCGGCACCUCCUACAUCCGCCAGGCCGGCCUUGGCUUCAUGGGCAAGCUCUUUGAAGCCACCAGCUCGGAGAGUAGGGCCAUGCCAACAUUCUCCUGGUGCGAACACAUUAACUGCAGCUGUUCUGAACCGGAAAAGAGCCCCGCCCUGAACACCCUGUCGACGAAACUGGACACGAGCGGCAGCGUGGAGGGAAAAGAGGUGGUCGAUCCUGAACUCAGGACUCUGGCCAGCCAACCUAACUGAUGACACUGUGUUGACUCAUAACUUUUUGAAUUAUAAGGUGGUUCUUCUUGCAUAACUUUUCCAACAGGAAAUAUUCAAAGAAUGACUGGAUUUCAGUCAGAAAACUCACAUGUUUCAUUAGUAUGUUUAUUAGAAAGAGUAUAUAAUUUGAGUUUGGCGUCUAGGCUCAGGCCUCAUCACUCCACAUAUUAACGUAGAACAUUGAGUGAUGAUUAGAUAACAAACCCCCGAGCCUACAGGUGGAAGCUGGGGAGGAAGCUGGGGUGGUGUUAGGGCAGACGAGCAUCGCCAACGUGAACGCAGCAGCAGCAGCAGCAGCAGCAGCAGCGUGGAAACAGCAGUGGCGGCAGCAGAAUUAUCGAGGCAGAGGAAUAGGCAGAUCCAACAGUUUAAAUAGAGCGCCAGAUUUAGGAGACUAUGUUGGUUGGUUGCAAGAGUGACGAGGGGCGUUAUGUGCGAAUGUAUCAUUGGUGCUCGAGUUGACUGCCUGAGCUAGCUCGCAGAGUUCACCCCAUUUAUUUCCUUGACAGCCCUAUCAUAUCAUCAGCCUAAAAUUUGAUGUAAUGUGAGUCAACAGCUACAAAUCGUCUUUGAGCAGAGAGUGCACUCCAGGCAUUUUGAAAUGUGUUUGAGCCAAAGUGAAAUGCAAGUGGAGCAUUCAUUGUCCUUUCAGCCCUGUUAUACAGUAUGCCAAGACAACCAGUGUCCGAACUACGGGGGGACUCGGGGGAUCCGAGACCCCCUGAAACUGACACGAGACCCCCCGAAAACAUGAUUUGGGAAAUGUUGGGGGGUCUCUAAAAUAGUGUUUUCGAGAUCCGCGCUCUGAGUCAAGCGCAAGAGCAAGCGCACCCCCCCCCCCCGAGCGAAAAAUGGGACCCCCCGAAAAUCUCGGCAUAGUUCGAACACUGAAGACAACCAAACCAGUGAAGUCUGGUGACGAAUUGUGACCGGAGGUUCCCUUUACUCUAAUUAUAUCUGUUGAAACACUUGUGUUCAACCAACUAGCCCCUCCUUUGUCUGUGUCCUGCUCGGUGAUAGGCAGGUAGCGGACCUUGGGUUUGAGUGCUUUUAACAUAAAAAACGUCCUUGUUUCGCUGAGCAGAAAAGUGUGAAUCACAACAGUUAAGUUGGCCUGAAUAUCCAAACAGCACUCUGAAAGAUGCUAAAACACUCAAUUGUUCUUCUGAACUGAUUUUUUAACUGAGCAGUUAAAAAAUGUAAUACAGAGAAAUUGAAAAAUGAAGGGAAUCAUACAAAUGUGACAGAUCUCGAUUUCAU